AAACGGCCAAUCAGGAGCAGGGCCAUCAACGUCAUUCUCGGACUCAUGACCAGCCUCAGCAGCGGCAGCGAGACCUUUGCGCUCGGCCGCCAUGCUGCCAUCGUCGCCGCGACCGCGGACGCGCUCGAGAUCACGAUGGCCAAGAAGCCGGUCCUGCGCCUGCUCUGGGCGGACGUGCUCGGCGCCAGCACGGGCCACGACACGAUUGGCGCGACCUCCAGCCUCCCACUGCUCAUCCACGUCGUCGAAAAGACCAAGAACGGCAAGCGCAAGCUGCGCGACGUCGUCUUGACGUCGUGCGGCGAGGCCAACAAUGGCAUUCACCAGCUCGAAGUCGACAAGUGGGUGCGCAUCAUCCAGUACUUUGCCAGUCCGAGCCGCCCGCUUGGUGGCGUUGCGCCGUCACUCGACGCCAUUAUGCAGCACCCGCCCAAGCAGCGCACGUUCCUUGUGCUCAUCAACCCCGUCGGCGGCACGGGCAAGGGCGAGAAGAUCUACGAAAAGGUCGAAGCCAUCUUGGGCCUCGCCAACAUUCGCGUCGAGAAGAUCGUGACCGACCGCCCGAAACACGCCACGGACGUGGCACGCACCCUCGACGUAUCAAGCUACGACUGCCUUGUCGUCGUCGGCGGCGACGGCUUUGUCUACGAAGUUGUCCAAGGCUUGAUGGCCCGUCAGGACUGGGCGACUGCGAUCCAGCUGCCACUCGCCAUCCUGCCGGCCGGUACCGGCAACGGCUUGGCCAAGUCGAUUUGCGACGACGCCAACGAGCUCUGCACGCCAGAGAGUGCCACGUAUCUCGCGGCCAAAGGCUCCCCGCAGCCCCUUGACGUGGCCACCAUGCGCAAUGCGACGACGACGAGCUACCUCUUGCUCUCGCUCACGUGGGGCUUCAUGGCCGAGAUCGACCACGACAGCGAAAAGUACCGCUUCUUUGGCGCCCAACGGUUUUUCGUCGGGACGAUCGUCAAGCUGUUGGCGUCCAAGAGCUGGCACGGCAAGCUCUCAUACCUCCCGAGCAGGGACGAAGAUGACAUCCCGUAUGCCGACGCGGACGUUGCACCGGCGCUCUUGCCGGCUGUUGGCGAGCCCGUGCCCUCGGAGUGGGUGACCCUCGAAGGCGACAUGAGUCUCUUUUGGGCUAUGAACGUGUCGCACGCGGCCAACGACGCCAAGAUCGCGCCCACUGCGCGCCUCGACGACGGCUACUUUCACAUUGUGCUCAUGCAAGGCAAGGCGUCGCGCACCGAGUAUGCGAGCAUGAUGCUCGGCAUCGAGAAGGGCCAGCACGUCCAUCAACCGACCGUCCAAGUCAUCAAGACGCGGGCCUUUCAGCUCGAGACGCCGGCAGAGAACCUGCUCAUGGCCGACGGCGAGCGUUGUGACGGGGGGCUUUGGCAAGUGCAAGUGCACCGCGGGCUGGCACGUGUCAUGGGACUGCCCGCGCCAAACUAGGAGGCAGAUAAGAAAAUCUUUUGACGAAUGGCAAGAAUGGCAUGUGCAUAUGUGUACCUCGCAUUUCGCCC